AUGCUCUCCCUCGGUGCAGCGGACACCGUAUAUGCGGGCGAGACGUACCGCAUCAGGAUAAGGUUCCCGGCGAACUAUCCCAUUGAGGCUCCCGAAGUCGUCUUCGUUCCGAUGGAAAACCAAAUGAUACAGAAUGGUUUAUUGGUGCGAUGUCAUCUGAAGGGAGUAUGUACCGGUUCUCUUGUGGAGCACUGUGUUAUCAUAGCCGUAAGCUACCACUGA